AUGGUGCAGCGAAACCAUGUCAUCGCCAUCAUCAUCAUCGUCCUCUUCGCCAUCCUGGCGCUCGUGUCCUUUGGCAUCUGGAAGCUGGUGCACACGGCGAGGAGAGACCUGAGCGUCACGUCGGCGUCUAGCCGGAGCAGCGGCUCUGAUUCUCUGGUGGAUAAUCCCUGA